AUGACCUCGGCGCAAGACGUUCAAUCGCUCCUGCGCUUCCUAUCGCAAGACGCCAAGGUCCCUCUCGCGCAAGCUCUAUCCAAAAUCAAAGACCUCCAAACGGCGAACCUCAUCACAUCCUCCCACGAAACGCUCAAAACCAUCUUCGCCGACGAGAAAGUCGCGCGCUCGGUUCUCAAUGCCGCAAAACGACAGUCUAAAAAGCGCACCGCAGAUGCUGCAUCUGCUGCACCUGCGCCUGCGUCAAAGAAAGCAAAGGCAACCUAUGGCCAACCUCUGAACGGCGCGGAUCUUGAAGCGUCUCUCGCGCUACCAGCGCCUGAGUUAGAUGAGGACAUACUUGGCUCAUCUGUUGUCUAUACCAAUCGCGCACCACUCGUCCUCGCUUUCGCAGUGACGCUACUCAAGUUCACGAUGCCAAGCCAACCCAUAUCCAGUCGUCUCAGUCUAGCACAAGCCGUGACCUCUAUGAAUAGUAAGACGAAAGCCGUGAAUAUCGGUCUAGAAAAGGGGAAACCGGCGGAAGAAGAAGGCUGGGGCGAGGGACAGCCACUUGUGCGGAUUAUGACGAGGGAGGUUAGGGUGAUGAAGAGGUGGGGUUACGAGUGGGAAGAUGAGGCCGCGCAGAAGACUGUGAAGUCUGAGGGAGAUGAUGAGAAUGGGGAGGAGACAAGGGAACCGGCGCUCUGGGGCGUUGAUCUCGAGGCUUUGAAGAAGGCACAGAACUCAACGGUUGGCUCUAGUAAUCUUCCUAUUUACACUGCGCAGAGCGCGAGGGCGUACCUUUUGAGAGCGUUUGAGACACCCGCUGCGGAGUUAGUCAAGAAGGCAGAUGGUGAUGUUGACGUCAAGGUGGAGGGAGCGCCAGCACCGAAACCAAAGGGAAAGAGGACAGCUGCUACCAUUGCAGCGGAGAAAGAGCGGAAUCUAGGGCUUUUGCUGGGCGCACUGGAACUCCUGUAUGGGUCAUGGGCAAAAGUGCUGAGUAGAGAAGACCUAGAUAAGCGGGCUUGGGGCUGGUAUGUCCGCGUUCGACCAGAAGUAGCUCAAGGAGCUGCGGGCUGGGGUGGCAAGGGCAAUGUCAAGUUGUCUGACAUCCUGGCCUUGAGGAGACCGGCUAGUUGA